AUGUCAUUGGCCGGCCUUGAUGAAGAGCUUGCCAGAAAGAUUCGUUCAGCCCGGCCAAAGCCCUCACGAACCCGGCGGGAAGCUUACAUGGAGGGACAAGACCCGCAGCUUCGAGAUGCAGCCGCCGCAGAUGCCCUUCUGGUUGCUCGUGUGACAAGCCUGGCUCCACUCAUGCAUGCGAUGCGAGUCGCCAGCAAGUCGAUCCAGGCUGCUGCUGGCGGCCUGCAGCGGAGCACGAAGAGCAUAGCUGCAGAUGCCACAUUUCACAAGCAGCUGAAGGACAAAGAUCCUCCAGCAGCCGUUGGCACGAAAGCCAUGAUUGAUGCAUUCCAGGAUAUUGGACAGGCUUUGGCGGACCUGUCCUCCAACCUGUCAAGCAACAUCCUGGCCCCGCUGGAAGCCCUCUCCAACAGCUUGAAGGAGGAAUGUGUGGAUGAGCGGCUCAGGCUCUUGGAGCUGGAUCAGCAGGACAUGCUUUGUUCCCGAGCAGUUGCAGAGACCUUGCGCCAGAAGGAGCGAGCUUCCGCCGAGCUGCAGGCCAUUGCGCGCCAGGAGAACAGUCACAGCUGGUUCCGGAGGCCACAGUCGGCUCGCUUGGAGGAGGUGGCUGCCAUGGAAACGGCAGUGGUGGAGGAACUUGCCAGCAAGAUGGACCAACAAGCGGUUGUGAAACGAAGCAAGGAGCAAUGCAUGCAGCAGUUUCAAUGCUCUCUGCGCGAGCUGGAUGACAGGUGUGCGAAUCACCUGCAUACCAUGGCUGACGACUUUAGCCGCGCGUGGCUGGGUGUUGCCGAGAGGAUUGGGCAGGCAGCCGAGGCAGUCGCUGGCCAGCGCCGUUGUGACAAACCCAUCGCGCAGCGAAACGAGUCCAAGCCCCAACCGCACAGCUGGGCGCCGGUGCCUGCAGCCCGCCAUGAGCCAUACCGUGAGCCGCGUGACCCUGGAUCGCCGGCGGUGCAAACACAGCAGCAUGCAGUGCAGCAUGCGCAGCGCGCGCAAGACAGCGAGUUUCAGGAGGAGGCUUCAGCUCCCCAGAUUGAGUUUGCUGCGACACCAAGUUCUCACACGGGGCACACGCGAGAGUCAAGCACAGGAAGCCAGGCUCGUGAUGCAAUGGUGGCUUCUACACUGGACAGCGAAGUUGCAGCUUUGGAGGCUUCUGUUGACUACACGUCGCCGAAAGACGCGCUCAAGGCGCUAGCGCCGCUAGCUCCUGAGGUGCACCAGGACAGCGAAGGCGAGCCAGAGGCGCAGCAUGAGCCACAUGAGCCACAGCAGCAACAGCACCAACAGCACCAUAGCCAUCACGGGCAUCACGGGCAUCACGGCCAUCACUCUCGAGACUCUCCUCAUUGUCUACAGUUUGAGUUCGACGAGAGGGUCCAAAAGCUUGGGUUCGAGGUCGUCUGGGCCGACCGGCCUUGUGUUGGCAGCGUCGUCCCAAAUGGCGAGGCGGAGAGAGUGGGCUUGGUGGCCGGCGCGGUGAUCACGGAGAUGAACGGCAUCUCCACUCUGAACAAGUCGCGCGACGAGCUGAUGCCGCUCUUGAAGCUUCGGCCCUUGCGGCUGAAUGCAGAUGUUCCCGCAUAG